GGCAGAGAGAGGGAAAGAAAGAGAGUGAGAAAGAGAGAGAACGAGAGAAAGAAAGAGAGAGAGAGAGAGAGAACGAGAGAAAGAGAGAGAGAGAGAGAGAGAGAAAGAGAAAAUACAUUUUUCGAGUAUAUUCCAGGCAUUCCGAAAUAUUUCAUCGAUUAGGGAUUGACAUUUCAAGUUUAAUUCGUCGUACCGCCUACUCAGGAUGUCACGGCAAAUCCUUCCGCUCGUCCUAGUGCUCUUGGCUGCGCAGGGCUCGUUAGCCCAGAAACAACAACAAGAAGACCCUUGUCAGACGAAAUCGCGAGUGGUGGGCGACAUCGACUAUUGCGAUCGCUACUGGGAAUGUGUGAACGGUCGUCCCGAGCUCUUCGACUGUCCGAACGGACUCGUGUUCGCCGGCAAACAUCGCGGCGUCACCGAGGGUUGCGAUUACCCCUGGAGGGCGAACUACUGCGAUGGUAAACGCCAGGCGAACCCGCCGAUCCAGACCGACCAUUGCGACUGGCUCUACGGUAUUUUCGGCCACGAGACCUCUUGCACCAGGUACUGGACCUGCUGGAACGGCACCGCCACUGAGCAGCUGUGCAUAGGUGGCUUGCUCUACAACGAGCGGGCGAGGUCCUGCGACUGGCCCGAAAACGUCGAAGGGUGCCAGAAACAUCCCCUCUGCAACGACGACGCCAACGGUAACGUACCUCUCGGCAAGUCGUGCAACCGCUACUGGCAAUGUCAAGGUGGCUACCCGCGCUUGCAGCGUUGCCCGGCCAUGUUGGUGUUCGACAGGAGAUCCCUGAGGUGCGUUGUGCCGCCGACGGAGGACUGCGACGUCCCGACGACGCCGCCGCCGACCGAGGGCGAGUUAUCCGAAGGUCACAACGAGCAGGAACCCGAAGAGGAGAACUUGCCACCGGGUGUGCCACCAUUGCCGGCAGGCGCGUUACCGAUUCCCUUGCGAGCGCGCGCUAGGAAUUAAGAGUCCUGUCGAGGCCGGAAGGACGAAGGAAGCGGCAAAUGGUCCCGACGAGCGAGGUCCUGCGGCACCGAACUCGUCGAUCGCCGUAACGUUCGGUUCGCAGAAUUUGAGAGGUUCUCUCGUCGAGUCUCCCCUGAUUCCUCGCGAUCCCGUAGAUUCGGAAUUCUCCCGAAUAGUUGUCGAAGAAAACCGAAUUCCCUGAGCGAUUUCCCUAGAUCUUUUGCUCCCGAAUGCUCAAAAUUGUCCCGAAUAAUCAGGGUCCUGUGAUCGUGUUCCUCGAGGUUGUCAAGAAAACUCACAAAGAUCGUAAAAUCUUCUAAUCAUUAUUUUUUAUCACUACUCCGUAGUGAUGUGAUAACUAUGGAAGAUCAAGAUUUUCAAGAAAUUUUUUCAAAAAUAUACGAAGACAUUCGAGAGAUUUUGCCAAUUAGGAAAGUUUGGAUAAAAUUAAAAGUACGAAUCAGUUGCAAAAGUUUGGGAACGAAUAGAAGGCGAGUAUCGAGAGGCUAAAGAGCUUGAAUGCAGAAAGAUACAACGAAAUGAACAACAGUAAGAAUUGCUGACGGACGGAAGAUGUGAAACUGAAAAGGAAGGUGAGAAAGGCUAAAGUGCUGGCUGCUUAACGAGCAAUUUCCAUUCUCAAGGAUCGAGACUCGUCGACACACCGACCUAACCGAUUGAGCUCUCCUCCCUCCCCCGCAAACAGAGACUCGUAUCAUCGAUUUCAAUAAUAACGUUAAUUAUGAACAUCUCGUCGUUCGGUCUCAGGACCGUCCGCCAAUUUGCCUCUGUCACCUCGGUCGAGAUGUAAAUAUUUUCCCACACCUUCCACUUUCUUCCUUGUUUCUCUUAUCCUGCUAUCUCUUUCCUCUUCCUCCUCAUCGCUCUUAAUCGUAAGGUGUACACGUAGAUCGAUUGAAAGAAAUUGUACGUUGUAUAUUUUUUUAUACGCGUGUCCAGAUUUUAUUCGAUGUUGCCUGGCUGUACAUUGUUACACUCUAUUUAUCAUAAAUAUACAUUUUAUAUAUGUAUUACAUAUAUAUCGUAUUAUAAAUACACUAUAUGUACUACAUAUCGUACUCAUUCUCCACGUACGCUACAUGCGAUUAUUCCCCCCCUUCCCCCUCCGAACGUACGUUAUUAAUAAUUUACGUUUAUUAUUCUUGUUUUUAUCUGCAACAACAGCUACUUAGCUAGCGGAAACUAAUAGAAAUGUACAUUUUUUUUAUUCCUUCUUGUCGAUUGAUUUGUUCCAUUAUCUUUCGUCUCUCAUAAUUACUAUAAUAUUUUCAAAUUAGUCUAGUACGCGCGCGUGUUUCUUAUAUUGUCGUGAUUUUACAAAUCUUGAUUUUUCGUGUCUUGCAAUUGAUUUUCUCUUUGAUCUCUUUGAUUGUUUGGUCAGUUUUUAAAAUUGAUUUUUCACAAGUGCGCAUCUAAUUUUUAGCUUUGCGCACUAACCUUGAAUUAAAAUCACCUGUAUCUCAUUGCAAAAAUUUAAAUGUGUUGGCAAAUGUGUAGUUUUUUGUCGUUUGUGAUUUCUUGAUUCGUUGUUUGCUGAUUUGAAAUAUCGAGCAUCAAAAAUGCGUCUCCG